AUGGCCCUGGGCCCUGUCCUCAUGAUGGACAGCCCAAGAUUCAGACAGUGGGAGAUGAAGCAAGGAGCAGAGUUAGGGUCACAGCUGCUACAGACCCUAUUCUGGAGGCUGGGAGGAUGCCGGACACUGAGGACAGGGGCUCUCCAGGAGCCCCUCAGGGAGUCUGAGCCCUUAUCUGGUUCUGUGAGGCCCUUUGAGGCCAUUCCCCAGAGCCAAGAUAACCCCUGGACCAAGAUGUUGCGAAUAUGGAUGGACAAUGGCUACGAGAAUAUGCAUCUAGAGACCCAGGAGAUGUUUCAGAAGCUGGGACCCAUCUACAGGGACAAGGUGGGCACUAUGAGCACAGUGAAUGUGAUGAUGCCUCAGGAUGUGGAGAAGGUGCUGAAAGCUGAAGGAGCAGUUCCCCGAAGGGAUCUGGUGUUGCCCUGGUUGAUGCACAGACAGAUCCGUAAGAUCAAGCGUGGCAUCUUCCUGCUGAAUGGGAAAGAAUGGUUAAAUUACCGCAUCAAGUUGAACCAGGAAGUGCUCUCCGUAAAGAGUACCGGUCAGUUCGCCCCCUUGGUGACAUCCGUUUGCCAAGAUUUUGUCCAACAGUUGAAUGAUCAAAUCCAGAAGAACGCUCGAAAGUCUAUGACCUUCAACCUCUGCCCCCAUGUAUUCAGAUUCACUACAGAAGCUGGUACCUACGUCUUGUAUGGAGAACGACUGGGAUUGCUAAGCAACAAUCCAAAUCCUGAUGGUCUGAAGUUCAUCCAGGCCAUGAACAACAUACUAUCUUCCACACCUCUGCUCAUCUACACACCCAUGGCCCUGACCCAAUUGUUCAAUUCCAAGACAUGGAAACUGCACUUACAAGCUUGGGAUGAUACUUUCCAGUAUGCUGAAAAGUGCAUUCAGAAAAUCUACCAGGAGAUGUGUUUGAAUGGCUCACCCCAAUACUCAGGUAUCAUGGCUGAACUGCUGAUGAGGGGUGACCUCUCUCUAGAUGCCAUCAAAGCCAACAUCACGGAACUCACUGCUGGAAGCGUGGAAACGACCUCAUUCCCUAUAAUAUCGACCCUCUUUGAGCUGGCCCGGAACCAAGACCUACAGAGUGCUUUGAGGACAGAGAGUAAGGAGGCAGCGGCACGGCUCAAAGAGAACCCGGAAUUAUUGGUCAAGGAACUGCCUCUGCUUCGUGCUGCCAUCAAAGAGACCCUGAGGCUUUAUCCAGUUGGCUCUCUCUUACAUCGCUACCUGGCCAAAGACACGGUCCUGCAGAAUUACAAUGUCCCUACUGGCACCCUGAUCCAGAUCCCCCUCUACGCCAUGGGCCGCAGCCCGGAGGUGUUUGUCAGGCCCGAACGCUAUGACCCCACUCGCUGGCUGGCUGCCGCCUCUGACCCAGGCAACAAUCAGAUCUCCAACUUCCGCUUCUUGUUCUUCGGCUAUGGAAUUCGCCAGUGCAUUGGCCGCAGGCUGGCCGAGACAGAAAUGCUCCUCUUCUUGCACCAUGUCUUGAAAAAUUUCCAGGUGGAGACUUUGUGUAAGGACAACCUGAAGCUGAUCUACCGCUUCGUCCUUCACCCCAAAUCCUUCCCACUCUUUACCUUCCGUGUCCUUAAUUAACCUUGCAGCCUUGCCUCAACAAACAGAGGCCCUGCCUAGUGUCGUCCCUUGUCAC